UUCAACACGAUGACAUCUCCAGUGUUUGCGGUCUUUCUCACAUGUUUGUUCUUGGGGGAAAUGGCUCAGUCGACAGGUCUGAAAUCCUCCACAACUGUUCGUCAAGGGACAGGAUUUGUAUCAGUUAAUAUUGGGGACGAGUUGACUUUACAAUGUUUCUAUGAAGGAGAUGUUGCUGCAAGGCUUUACUGGUUUAAGCAAGUUCUAGGCCAGAAAGCAAAACUCAUCUCUACUUUCUUUAAAUAUAAUGUAAAUGUGACUUUUCACAAUGAAUUCAAGAACAAUCCACGCUUCACACUGGAUAUGGCAAGUGGAAAAAAUCACUUAACGAUCAAAGAUUUACGCCCUUCAGACUCGGCUACUUACUACUGCAUUAACUUUCUAUACACAAUAGACUUUUCAGAAAGCAUUUUUGUAAGUGUAAAGGGUUCAGGUUUGAAGAUCCCAGCAGUCCAUCAGUCAGCGUCUGAGAGCAUCCAGUCAGGAGGCUCUGUGACUCUGAACUGUACAGUACACACUGGGACCUGUGAUGGAGAACACAGUGUUUACUGGUUCAAGAACUCGGAAGAAUCUCAGCCAGGACUCAUUUACACCCAUGGAGGCAGGACUGAUCAGUGUGAGAGGAAAACCAACACACAAACGCAGACCUGUGUUUACAACCUGCUGAUGGAGAGUCUGAAUCGUUCUCAUGCUGGGACCUAUUACUGUGCUGUUGCCUCAUGUGGACACAUUCUGUUUGGAAACGGGACCAAGCUCGAGAUAGAAGAUCCUGCUUUGGUGUAUUUCUUGAGUGGAACUUUGACAUUCACCACCAUCCUGAGUGUUUUACUGGCCUUCACAGUGUGCAUGAUGAACAAGGGAAACAGCUGCCGAUCGAAAGAGUCUCAAGCCAGAUGUCCAGCUCCCCCCACAGCGAAAGCAAAGGGUUACCAACACGCUGAAAACCUUUAUUAUGCUGCUUUAAAUGCCGACCUGUCCAACAGAUCAAGAGGACAGAGGGAUCCCACCUGGAGUGAAUGUGUCUACUACAGCGUAAAGCAGUAGAACUGGACUUAUUACAUCUCAGGAUUUUCUUAGUGCUUCUCUGUAAUGAAGAUGUUUAUCCAGGUUUGAAAUAAAUUUGCUUUUAUAGUUUCUUUGUGGUUUGCAGACAAAAUGAAAUCGCUCCAUUCUCAACUUAUGUGCAUAUUUAGAAUACUGUUUGUUGUCUGUGUGCCAAAUAAACCAUGCAUGUCAAAAUAUAUUUUAAGUACUUAUGAAUACCUGUUUUUUAUGACCUAACCAGCAUA